AUGUACACCUACGACGUCCAGCCCUGCACAGACACCGAAACCUGCCCGCCCGGCUGCCAAGUGGCAUACUUCGGUAUCCAGAAACAGCCCACAAUCGGGUUACACUUGUACGGCCUCCGUGCGGCCAUGUCUUCAACUCAGCCAGACGACAUUGGAGAGCUCAAGUACCACCUCGGAUUCUGGUUCCGCAAGCACUGUAGGAACAUCCCCGACGGGCUCUUUCCGUCCAUGUUUGGCACCCCCACGGCCACCUGUAGUGCUGGGUGCGACUAUCGAAGCCUCCCCGCUUUCGCGUACGGGCAUGGACUACCUCCCGGCGUCGACCACUUAAGUCAACAUCAGCUCAAGGGAGAAGAGGUCAUGCUCCAAGUCAAGAAGUCGCGGAAGAAGGGAAAGGCGCACCCGAAAGCAAAGAUGCUCGUCAUCGUCGUCCGCAUGUGCAAGGACUGCUACCAGUCAAAGCUGGCUGAGGUGGGCAAAGAGCUUGAGGCUGCCAAGAGCGCCGUUCGCGAGCCAACGCAAACCAUGUCGGGACCCUCGAAUACUCUCGCCGACGAAACCUCGACCUCCCCUGCGGCACAGAAAAUCCGUCGCACCCAGACUUGUUUCUGCGACGAGUGCCUCAACCCGCCUGAGCGCUACGCAUGUAUCGACGAUAGCGACCUGGAGGACUAG